CCCUUGUUUCUGAAGCCCCGCUGGGCCCUGUUUCGGAGGGAAUUUUUGGAUUCCAGAGGACGGUUCCUGGAGUCAAAGCCCCCUUUGGGGGACGUGAAUGCCGGGCAGUUCUGGCCCGUUGAGCCUUCCGGGGCGAAGCAUCAAAGGAAUGGGUUGCGACUUGGUUCGGCCUUUGCUCAGGCAGCAUUUGAGGCAGCCCCGACGAGGUCCUCCCGGGGUCUUGGUCCCUUUGAACUGCGGUGGCGGGCGGGCACACGGUCUCCUUCGCUGCUUAGAGCAGGGCCCGCCAUCUCCAUGGCCACGGCUACGAGUGGACCCUGCGCCGGCUGGUCGCGGGACAUCCUGUGGCGCGUUUUGGGCUGGAGGAUAGUUGCAAGUGUUGUUUGGUCAGUGUUGCUUCUACCCAUCUGUGCUGCGGUAUUUAUAGUCUUCAGCAGUAUUGAUUUAAUUCAUCCCAUCCAGUGGCUGUCAGAUUCUUUCAAUGAUCUAUAUAGCUCCUAUGUAAUCUUUUACCUCCUGCUGCUGUCAGUGGUAAUAAUAAUAAUAAAUAUUUUCAAUGUGGAGUUCUAUGCAGUUGUGCCUUCCAUUCCGUGCUCCCGAUUGGCAUUAAUAGGGAAGAUCAUUCAUCCGCAGCAGCUCAUGCACUCUUUUGUUCAUGCUGCAAUGGGAAUGGUGAUGGCUUGGUGUGCAGCAGUGAUAACUAAGGGCCGAUACAGUUUUCUUGUGGUUCCCUGCACUGGUACUGAGAGUUUAGAUAGCCCUGGGGCACGAACCUGUUUAAAUGAAUAUCACCUUUUUUUCUUACUGGCUGGAGCAUUCAUGGGCUAUAGCUAUAGCCUUCUGUAUUUUGUUAACAACAUGAACUAUCUCCCGUUUCCCAUCAUACAGCAAUACAAGUUCUUGCGGUUUAGGAGAUCUCUGCUCUUACUAGUUAAACAUAGUUGUGUGGAGUCACUGUUCCUGGUUAGAAAUUUCUGCAUUGUGUAUUAUUUUCUUGGCUAUAUUCCCAAAACUUGGAUUAGCACUGCUAUGGACCUUCUCCUAGAUGAGCAGUUUCAUAGGCCUCUUGACACCAUAAGUGGCCUCUUGAGCCUCCCCUUACUCUACCAUGUCUGGCUGUGCGGUGUCUUCCUCUUGACGACUUGGUACAUCUCAUGGAUACUAUUCAAAAUCUAUGCCACAGAGGCUCAUGUGUUCCCUGUUCAGCUACCAUUUGCAGAAGAGUCUGAUGAAUGCCUCCCGAAAGUUUUAAACAGCAAUCCCCCACUCAUCAUAAAGUAUUUAGCCUUGCAGGACCUGAUGUUACUUUCUCAGUAUUCUCCUUCUCGAAGACAAGAAGUUUUUAGCCUUAGCCAACCAGGUGGACAUCCCCAUAACUGGGCAGCCAUUUCAAGAGAGUGUUUGAAUCUUUUAAAUGAUAUGACCCAGAAACUGAUUCUCUACCAAGAAACUGCUGCUACAAAUGGGAGAUUAUCUUCUUCAUACCCAGUGGAACCUAAGAAAUUGAAUUCUCCAGAAGAAACUACUUUUCAAACACCAAAAUCUAGUCAGAUGCCUCGACCUUCAGUGCCACCGUUAAUUAAAACAUCACUGUUUUCUUCAAAAUUAUCUACACCUGAUGUUUCAAGUCCCUUUGGGACCCCAUUUGGCUCUAGCAUGAUGAAUCGAAUGGCUGGAAUUUUUGAUGUAAACACCUGCUAUGGGUCACCACAAAGUACUCAGUUAAUAAGAAGGGGGCCAAGAUUAUGGACUUCUGCUUCUGAUCAGCAAAUGUCUGAAUUUUCUAAUCCUUCUAUGGAGAACAUGGGCACGUCUAUGAGUGCUGAGGGUAAGACAGUGAGAGAGCCCAAUGUGAUUUAUUCAUGGAUUCAUAAUAAACGUGAACAGAUUAAGAAUUUCUUGUCAAGGCGUGUACUGAUAAUGUAUUUUUUCAGUAAGCAUCCAGAGGCCUCAAUUCAGGCUGUGUUUGCAGAUGCCCAAAUGCAUAUUUGGGCAUUAGAAGGUCUGUCUCACUUGGUAGCAGCAUCAUUUACAGAAGAUAGAUUUGGAGUUGUCCAGACUACUCUACCAGCUAUCCUUAAUACUUUGUUAACACUGCAGGAGGCAGUUGACAAAUACUUCAAGCUUCCUCAUGCUUCCAGUAAACCACCCCGGAUUUCAGGAAGCCUUGUGGACACUUCUUAUAAAACAUUAAGAUUUGCAUUCAGAGCAUCACUGAAAACUGCCAUCUAUCGAAUAACUACUACAUUUGGUGAACAUCUGAAUGCUGUGCAAGCAUCUGCAGAACAUCAGAAAAGACUUCAACAGUUCUUGGAGUUCAAAGAAUAGUUAAGUAAUAUAAACUGUGUUCAUUACACUGCUGAUACAACUACAGAUGGGACAGUAAAUGUUCAGCAUUCUUGGAUCAGAAGAAAAUGGACUAAUUAGAUGCUUCCUUUGUCGUGGUGGUUGCUUUGAAAACUAUACUUUAAUGGGAGAAAUCAUGGAAAGAAAUUCUCAACAGAAAACUGAAAACUGCCUCUUCUGUACCGAUUGCUUUUUGUGUGUGUGGUAUAAUAAAAUCUUUAUUCGAUUUUAUAGGAGCAUUGAUGGCAGUAGAAAUGUCUCUAGCUCAUAUUACUUAAUAAUAAUAACUCAAAAAUUUCUUAGAAUUUACUUUUGAAAAGAGUGGAGCCAGUUCAGAAAUUAAAAUAGGUUGACUUGAUAGUCUUCCUCAUCAUUCUAGGAGUCUAGCUCUCUAUAAACUCAAAAUACAGGAACUUUUUAGUAUAGUUUCUGUUUACUGAAGGAUAAAAAUGGUAACAGUGGAGAAAAGUUCACAGAAAAAAUAUUGUCUAAUGGACAUAUUUUGUUAAUCUGUUAGGUUGUGUUUUUGUUCCAGGGACAAAUUAAAUUUGCAUGAUUGUCCAAAAAAAGUCUCAAUUUACAGAUGCUAACUCUAUAAAGGAAUGUGGAAAAAUUCGGUUCUUAAGUUACAAGAUUAAACAUUCUCAUUUGGAUUUUGAAAAACAAUUGACCAACAUGUAUGAAUUUAUUUUGUAUCAUGCUAGUAAACAAUAAGUAUAUGAGUUUUUUUCCCCAACUAGUUUUGCUUUCUUUUUCUGGAACAGAACAUUAAAUGAUUGCAGAGUUUUUUAAGUGAGAGAAAAGGUUUUGCAAGAAAAACCAGAAAGCUUUCCCUUUUCCCCCCACCAUUCAUCUUCAUUAGAUCAAAUUAUUUUGUAAAGCUUGUCUGGCUUCACGAAGGGAGUGGCUUCUGCUGUGUUAACUGGCUAAUUAAAAUAAUAGGAAAAUCUUUAAAGUGAGAAACAACUUAGUCAUCAAAUAGCAAGUGAAACCAAAAUGAGAGCGGGGUUACUGUGCUUGGGAAUAUGUAGUAUGUCCAAAUGUGAGUGAGGUAAUUUUAUAAUUUAUUAGAUCAACUUCUUUGGAGAUGAAAGAUUGAAAGCCCUGGUGGUUCAUUGGACUAGCUUUGGACUAAAAUGCUCCUUUGUAAUUUUUUUUCUAUUAUCUUUUCCCCUCUAAUUUUCCCCCAAUUUUUUCCUUUAAAGUCAGCACAGGAUUGUAUAUGAAUCUUUAAUGUGGUGUAUAUAUGUCUACCAUUUGUCUGCUUCAAUGAUGUAUUAUACCUUUACAAUAUGACUAUUUUAGCUCCAGGCCCUGUGGCCCCCUUCAACAAACACAUGCCAAAUUGUAAAUGAAUCCUGCUGGCCUCCAAAGUGUCUUUAUGGGACAGUUCCCCAAUUGUCAAGUGUUUGGGUGUAGACUAUUGUCAUUUUUUUGUUUUUGUUUUUUCUUUUCUCUCUUUGUGUCUGAGGUUGAUUGACCUCUUUUUUUUGAAUGUGAAAGUUAAAUUUCAAAUGUGGUAGUUUCUUAUACAUGAUCAGAAAAUUGUGGCUAGAAAUUGUUGUGUUCCAUGUGUCAAAGCCAUAAGCUCUUUUUAUAUUCCCUGAUUGCCCCCUGACUGAAGCAUUUUGGGAGACAAGACCUCUUCUACUUCCAUUAAAGAAUUGUAGAGCUGGGCGCCAUGGUGCCCGCCUUAGUCCCAACUACUCUGGAGGUUGAGGAAGGAGGAAUACAAGUUUGAGGUCAGUCUGGACAACUUAGCCAAACGCUGUUUCAAAAAUUAGAAAAUUUGAAAAGGCUGGGUGUGUGGCUCGGUAGUAAAGAACUUUUCCAGUAUGCGUAGGGCCCUGAGUUCCAUCCCUAGUACCAGGGGGCGUUAGGGGGCAGCCUUUCUCUGGCUGUUAGUACAAAACACAGUUGUAUCAGCUCAUGUCUUGACCCUCAUGGAAGGUGUAAAGCCACAAAACUUCUUUCCCAGAGAACUGAGAAACUGUCCUAGAAUAACCUUAUACAGUUGAGUGGACAUGGAUAAGCAAUGAAUUUGUUACUUUGCUGCAUUUUUUUCUUAGUAAUUGUUUUGCAUGUCUUCCUACAAAUAUUUAUGAUGAUCUGUUUAUAUCAUUUUGUAUAUCACUGAUUUUGAAUUGGAUAGAAAAAUAAAUUGACAAUUUUUUAAAAUGGGACUAUUAAUCGAAAUG